AACAAAAACAACUACAACUUCAAAUGUUGAAGAUGAGUGGAAGAAGUCAUGCGUUGAGAUCAAAGACCUUGUGAAAUUGCAAAUCAUGCUACUCCUACUGUCAUCGCCAGAGUCCCUAGCACUCCACAAUGUCAUCUUCGUCUCCCCAAACCCGUGCCUGAUUUUAAUAUCGCCUGCAUGUAUGAGGUGCUGGUCUGGUGGGCUGAAACUGUCUGUAGCAUGCGAUAGCUCUUGGGAUCUGAAAGCGAAGUCAACGAGUGGAUACGAGGACGGCAAUUUCGGGGUGAAAGCUGCCAGAUCUAUAGCGAGAGUAGAAUCCCAUAAAUGAAGGCUAGCACUAACCUGUGAAGAAUCACAAACGUUAUUGAUUUUUCUUCAUCAAUAUCUGUUCUUGUGUACGGCCUUGUAAUUUAGGCAUUUGUGCAAAACGCUCUGGGAAGACUGUCGAUCAUUUCUCUGACUUGGAGAUCGGGGUUGCCGUAGAUGUUCGAUUGGAAGUACCGCAGCGGGAACGCGAGUAUACUUUGUAGUGACUGCUUUAAGUUGUAGGAUGCAGCUACGUUCAUUGAUUGUGCUUGUUUCUGAUGAAUUAGGCGUGCGGUAUCUUCGAAU